AUGCAUGGCUUCAAGCUUCCAAUCCUUUUAGCUCCGCUACUAUACGCCGUCGGGAGCACCGCCAACGAAGAUGUCUCCGUCCUGAGCAAGGAGACCGCCAAAGCCAACAACGAGUCGCUGCUAUGGGGUCCUUACAAGCCGAAUCUGUAUUUCGGGGUUCGCCCUCGUUUGCCGGAUAGCUUUUUUGCGGGUUUGAUGUGGGCGAAAGUGGAUGAUUUCGUUAAUGCGCAGCAAAAAGAUUUUAGACACACCUGCGAGCAAAAUGAAGGCAUGGCCGGCUACGGCUGGGACGAAUACGAUAUCCGAGAAGGCGGCCGCCAAACGAUCCACGACGCUGGAAACUCCAUCGACCUGACAAUCGACUUCAUAAAGGCCCCUGGCGGAGAGCAUGGCGGAAACUGGGGUGCUCGAGUAAAGGGCGUUCCUCGUGAAGACGGUUACGAUGACCAACCAAUGUCACUGGUGUUCUAUGCUGGUUUGGAAGGGGAGGGGAAUAUCGAGGUUGCGAAUAACGGCGAUGAUCUUGGUUUCACUGGCGAUGUGAGCCUGAAGGGGUCUACUCCCGGACUUGGCGAUUUUACGGUUGAUGUGACUACGGGUCCGCAGAGCAAUCUACAUCCUGAACAUGACCACCCAACUUAUGAGGAUAAGCCGUUGGAUCAUACUUUGGUAGCUAGUGUGACUAUGCCACCGGGGAAUGUAUGGCAGACGAAAGUGAUGCUGUUCAACCUGAUGAAGGGCGAAGUCGGCGAAGCCAUCAAGAAGUAUGGUGCUGAGAACCCUCCGCCGCCUGCGCAGGUGUUUACUAUCAGGAAUGCGCCGGGCGAGGGCAACCUUCAUUAUGUGCAGAAGGUCUUUAAAGGUGCUUUCGAGUUUGAUAUCCUCUUUUCUUCCGGAUCCGCGCCGGAGCCUUUGAUCUCUGAUGACCUUACCAAAAAGAUCAAGAGCUCUUCGCAGUCUUUCUCGGAGCGUUUCAAGAAGACCCUUGCUCCCCAGGCCCCGUUCGACUCCUCAGAAUACUCUGAAUUCUCCAAGGCCAUGUUCUCGAACCUUGUCGGCGGUAUUGGCUACUUCCAUGGCGAGGAUGUUGUCGAUCGUUCUGCGCAAUCAGAGUACGACGAGGAGAAUGAAGGUUUCUGGGAGGAGACAGAAGAGGCGAGGUCCCGGGCGAAGCCUGUGUUUGAGGGUCCCAAGGAGCUUUUUACCUGCAUUCCUUCCCGUCCUUUCUUCCCUAGGGGUUUCCUCUGGGAUGAGGGAUUCCAUCUCACCCCAAUUGUUGAUUGGGAUAUUGAUCUUGUUCUCGAAAUCGUAAAGAGCUGGUUUAGCCUCAUGGACGAAGACGGUUGGAUUGCUCGUGAGCAGAUUAUCGGUGCAGAAGCCCGCAGCAAGGUGCCACCGGAGUUCACCGUCCAGUAUCCUCACUACGCUAACCCGCCUACACUUUUCCUCAUCCUGGAAUCGUUCAUGGACAAGGUGAACGCAAACAAAGCUCUCUCUUCCAAGAAAACUGAUGAAGGUGCAGCUGAGGACAUCCGCUCGGCCUAUGUGCAACACCCCGAACUUGGUGAAGAAUAUAUUCGCACAUUCUACCCAUUGCUUAAGAAGCAUUAUUUCUGGUACAGGAGAACUCAGAAAGGAGAUGUCAAGACCUAUGACCGCGAGGCGUUCUCUACUAAGGAGGCAUAUCGCUGGCGCGGACGGUCUUUGCAGCACGUCUUGACUUCUGGUCUGGACGACUACCCUCGUGCCCAACCUCCUCACCCGGGUGAGCUGCACGUCGACCUGAUCAGCUGGAUGGGAAUGAUGACACGCUCUAUGCGUCGCAUUGCUGAAGCUCUCGGUGAGACUGAUGACGCUGAGGAGUUCGCUGGCUACGAGACUGCAAUUGAACGCAACAUCGAUGACCUCCACUGGGACGAGGACGCGCAGACUUUCUGCGACGCUACCAUUGACGAGUAUGAGGAGAGCGUCCACGUCUGCCACAAGGGAUACAUCUCCAUAAUCCCCUUCCUGACCGGCAUGGUUGGACCCAACAGCCCUCGUCUCAAGGCUACCUUGGACUUGAUCCACGACCCGAAGGAGCUCUGGAGUGACUUCGGUAUCCGCAGCUUGAGCAAGAAGGACGAAUUCUAUGGCACUGAUGAGAAUUACUGGAGGAGUCCUAUUUGGAUUAACAUUAACUACAUGGUUGUCAAGAGUCUUUACGACAUUGCAACCACAUCCGGUCCUCACCAGGAACAGGCUCGUGAGAUGUACUCCCAGCUGCGCAAAAACCUGGUCGAGAACGUGUUCAAGGAGUGGAAGAACACGGGUUUCGCUUUCGAGCAAUACAACCCCGACAACGGCAAGGGUCAGCGUAUCCAGCACUUCACUGGCUGGACCAGCAUGGUGGUCAAGAUGAUGUCCAUGCCUGACCUUCCUGCCGAUAAAGAGAGCGGCCAUGAUGAACUAUAG